GUCUUAAUUGAAAUUUAACAUUUAGGUUAAAACCCUACAUUAUUCGUAAUUUUUACAACUCAAAACCUACGAUUCGUUAAUGUUUUAGCCAUGUAAUUACACUCCUGGAUGUUAUUUUUUAAACCUAACAUGUUCGUUAUUGGAAAAGAUAGCAAAAAACACUGAAAAAGAGUACUAUGUAACCCCUAAAGAUGCUCAAAAUGCCCUUGAAAAUGGCGACAUUUGGGCUAUAUUUUACUUUCCAAGAAACUUUACAGAUGGUUUAAUGUCCAGAGUCAUUUUCCAAGCUCAUGCUAGUCAGCAGCUUCUACAGGAGAGCCAAAUGCAGGUGUGGCUUCGGGGAGACUAUUCAAACAAUUUGGAAGAUUUUCAGCAAAUUUUUAAAUCAUUCACGAAAACGUUAGUACAAAAUUGUGGAUCACCUAAUAUUAAUUUAAAAAAUUUGGGCCUUUUAGUUUCAUACAAACAAGUUAUUAACCCAAAAUUAAGCAAACUGGCUGUUAUUAAUGAGGACCAAAUAUUUGUAAAUCAAACUUAUCAGCCAUGUGAUUUUGAAAAAGAUUGUAAAUUUUCAAACAUGAGCUGCAGAUUUCUGGACACGAUUAAAGACGAAACGAUUGAAUAUUAUGCAACUCUCGAAGAUGGAUUAAAUGCUCUUCAGAAAGGAGACGCGUGGGGAGCAGUUCAUAUAAAAAAAGAUUUUUCUGACGCAAUUGUUGCAUCUUUAGGCUUAACUUAUGAUCCAUAUUAUAUACAAUAUACGUAUAUAAACCAAAUUAGAAUUUGGGUACAUCCUUUAAGGGAAUCAACUAAAAAAGGUCUAAGUGAAAAAGAACUGCAGCAACGAUUUACAAAAGUAAUAGAAGAACUUUUUAAGACUUGUAGAAAAAAAGUCACUACAAUGUAUGACAAGCACUCAAUUACUGCUUUUCAAGAUUUUAGCAAUAUUACUAGCUAUGUCCAAUACGCACCUCUAUUAUAAUAAUCUUAAAUUAUUUUAAUAAAUAUGUUGUCUCAAAAAA